CGUUGGUGGAGAAGAGAAGUCAAGGGGGGCCACCAGUGUUGCACAUCGCAUUGCUGCACAACCCCACGCACUAUAAUCCAACACUUUCCCCCGCAAUUCAAUCAGACGACUACUAUUAUUUUGGUCUUCUUUCCGACGGCGAGCUUAACAAUGCGACACGAUAGUCAGGCACUGGACUUUUUAAUUUGUUUCUAUUAAGUUAACUUUUAUUCUCUCCCAACUACGUAAGAAGUACGUAGAACAUCACCCAUCAGCCGGAAAGAGUCCGUUUCAAGAGUAAAUAGCUGCGAGAUGAGUCGAUUGCAGAAGCAGCACCAGCACCAGAGCGACAUUGUGUCGUCAACGAGUACGAGCUCCAAUAAGUCGCGUCGCAAGAACAACCAGCAGAACGCUGAGGCCAGGGAGGAGGAGGAGGAGGAUCAGAUCCAGGUGCUCCAGCACCUGAACGGCCAUCAUGCCAACGGGAGCAGCAACGGUGGAGGUGGGGGGAAGCGGCGCAGGGUCAGCAAGUCACCCGCCACAGCUCCCAUCAGCAAUGGGACCAGCAAGAAGUCGAAGACCAAACACGCUAAUGCCGGGAGCUCCGGGAAGUCCCUGGCAUCCUACAACCACAACAACAACAAUAACAACAUCACCAACGGGCAGUACAGUAACAGCAACAGUAGCAGCAAGAAGGCCACCUACAGGGUCACCGCCUCGCCGGAGACACCACGCUCCCCGUCACCCCAACAGACCGGGGAUGUGGUUUGCAUUUCGGAUGCGGAGAGCAACGAAGAGCGGGAGGAUUACUAUGACCAGGACACGGAGGAGGAUGAAGAACCGCCGGAGGUGAGGGAGCCACCCGCCGCCAGUCGACCGACCAAUGCCAGUAACAGCAAUGCAGCAGCUGCCGCAGCGGCGGCGGCGGCCGCAGAAGCAGCAGCAUCGGCCCCGGCCACGCCCACCUAUGCGGUGCCCACCAGCAAUAGUACGCCCCUGGACCUGGACAACGAGUCGCAUCAAAAGGACCUGGAGGUGGUCACCGAUUUGCGAUCCUAUGUCAAAUUGUACAGUGAUGAGGCCGUUAGUCUCAAUGACUUUAAAAUAAUUCGAGUUCUGGGCACAGGAGCCUAUGGAAGAGUGUUUCUGGUUCGGAAGCUGACUCGCCACGAUGCCGGAAAGUUGUAUGCCAUGAAGGUUCUUAACAAGAUUACCGUAGUCCAGAAGCGUAAAACCGCAGAGCAUACUAAAACGGAGCGAGUGGUACUGGAGGCCGUCCAGCGCAGUCCCUUCCUCGUAAGUCUUCACUACGCCUUCCAGUCCUCGACUAAGCUAUACCUGGUACUAGAUUUCGCCAAGGGCGGGGAACUGUUCACACAUCUUUAUCACUCCGAGCACUUCGAGGAAUCGCGGGUGAAGAUCUACAUAGCCGAGGUAGUGCUGGCCCUCGAACAGCUGCACCAACUGGGCAUUAUCUACAGAGACAUCAAGCUGGAGAACAUCCUUCUGGAUGGCGAUGGACACAUCGUACUCUCCGACUUUGGACUCUCGAAGAUCCUCACCGCCGAGAACGAGUACAGGGCGCACAGCUUCUGUGGAACGCUGGAGUACAUGGCGCCGGAAAUCAUCCGAACGGGACCGCCCGGUCACGAUAGUGCCGUGGACUGGUGGUCGGUGGGGGUGCUUACUUUUGAGCUGCUCACUGGCGCCUCGCCGUUCGCCACGUCGGACGGACAGAGCCAGCAGUCAGAGAUCUCGCGGCGCAUCCAAAAGGAGCAACCACUGAUCCCAUCGUCGUUCAGCGCGCACGCUCGCGACUUUGUCCUGAAGAUGCUGGAGAAAAAUCCAAAGCGACGCCUGGGUGGUAACCAUCGAGAUGCCAGCGAGAUAAAGGAGCACCCCUUCUUCCAGGGCAUAAACUGGCAGGAGUUGCGGGCCAAGCGUCGGAAGGCUCCCUACAAACCGCCCCUGACCUCCGAGGACGAUGUGCAGAAUUUCAGCAGUGAGUUCACCGACAUGGUGCCCGAGGAUCCCGAGUGCGAGGCUCCGCCCAGUCGGAUUCGCCUUUUCCGGGGCUACACCUACGUGGCCCCGGAGCAUCUGGAGCAGAUGCGCCGCGACAACCAUUGCCACAUCGAAUACUGCAAUGCAGGGCUGCAGAACAUCCCCUCACGACCGGAUGAUCUCGAAUUGGGCACCCGCACCGUCAGCGGAGCCUAUGGCACCUGCCACUUUGUGAGCGACAGCUCCACCGAAAUGGUCUUCAUGGCCAAGGUGGUGCCGCUGUCCAAGUUCCGCGCCUCGGAGGUGGACGCGCUGAUAUCGUGCGCCCUGGACAGGAACGGGCACAAGAACAUCGUCAGCUAUCAUGGCGCUUUUCGGGAUAAGUGCGAGACGUGGAUAAUCACUGAGUACCUGUGCGGUGAGGAGCUCACCGGACCCAUACAGCGUGGUCGUCUGGACGAGGAGGCCUGCCGCGAGAUCUUCUUGCAGCUGGUCAUGGCUGUUCAGCAUGUCCACUCGAAGCGUUUCAUCCACGGCGACCUGAAGCCGGAGAACGUGAUGUUCGAGAGUCGGGAGGAUAGAAGCGUUAAGCUAGUGGACUUUGGCAAUGCCUGCUAUAGCAGCAGCUUCCAGACCUGGAAGGACAAACCCCGAUACACGCUGGACUACGCACCGCCAGAGCUCCUAACCGAUCCCAACAUGGUCACGUAUUCGCCAGCUGUGGAUACCUACGGGCUGGGAGCCACGUUGUACACCAUGCUGGUGGGGCAUCCACCUUACCGGCAGAGUAUGACCGAUACAGACCACAGCGCCGCGGCGCACCACAAGCUGCGCAAACGCAUCCAACGGGAUUCUUUCAAUCAGCGCUCCAAGCGAUGGCAAAAUGCCUCCGAUGAGUACCGCCGCCUGGUGGGAUGGUGCCUGCAGCGCAAUCCCUCGGAUCGGCCCAGCUUGGAGCAGAUUCUGGAGGAUCCGUGGCUGCAGUACGGCUGCAAUGAUCCGGAUGUGGACAUAAUAGUGCCUGUCGAAGAGCAGGUGGUGGUGGACCUCAGCGAGGACACCAUGGAGCAGCCGAGCAUAGGUACGUUAGCCGGUAAACCGGAUUCGGAGGGAAUUGAGCAGGAAGUGCCGGAAUCCUCGCUGGUCCACUCGGCGGAGGAUGAAGGCAUCAACCUGCCUAGCGAACCGGUGGUGGAGCUCCGGACCAAUGUGAACACAGUAAUUGCGCCAUCCGACGACGAGGACCUGGUGGUUCACGAACGCUUCGAUCCCGACUUCGAGGGCCUGACCGACUUCCACGGCUUCGAUGAGAAUGCGCCGCCCCUGCGAAGGCCCACGGACUAUGACGAGUUGCCCCUGCCGAUGGAUGAUCUGGAGCAGAUGCCGCCGCCACCACCUCCACCCGCUGACACAGUGCUGAUCCUGGAGGAGGCCGCCGGCCCGACGAGACCCAGAACGCGGCAGCAGCGGCGGACCGAGAGCCAGCUGCUCACGAUCAGUGGGUCGACGGUGGCGGAGGAAGACAGCAAGGCUGGCAUGUACCUGCUUAUGCAGCAGCUUCCGCCUCCGGCCGAGGUCGUCGCCGUGCAGCCGCGACUCCCCGCCAGAAUGACGCGCACCGCACCCCGCAGUCUGCCCAUUGCCUCGCGACCCUCCCUGCGGGAUGAAGACGACCUGUAUGGAUUCGGUAACCUGAAGGUCUCGUGGCGGAAGUCUCGGGCCAGUUGGAGGCACUUCUGCGCCCUCAUCUACGGAGUGCAGCAGGUCCUGAAGCACCGGUUCAAAAAGCAGCGACGCGUCUACUGCGCCCCCAGCAUCAAGGUGGAGAAGAUCGACGAGGCCUACGAGAAACCGCUGAUCUUUCCGCGGCCCAAGCCGGCCAGGCCGAAGCGCGCGAAGCCACCGCCCAAGGUGCCACGUCCGCCGACGCGCGUCCAGCCCGAGAGGGCGAGGGCGCUGCGCCAGCGGUACGUCUUCGAAUGACAGGGAGCCAGAGAUGAUGAGGUAGUGGAGGUGGAGAUGGAGCUGGAGCUGGAGAUGGAGAUGGAGGUGGAGGUGAAGGAGGAGAUCAAGGAGGAGGAGCCGGACGAGGAGGAGGAGGAACUGCCAGCGGUGCUGCAGUGGACGACCGACUUCAGCUGACAGACUGUGACCCGAUCCGGCAACAGAUACGGGUACUACGGAUACGGAUACGGAUAUGGCAAUGGCACUGAGACAACAACAACAACGAGACACCGGCCAGAGAGUGUGGACACUCCACACACUAUUAUCCACACACUAUCGAAGGCAGACAACAACAAGAAAAACAAAAACAAAAACACACACAACUGAGAAAGAAUGAAGAGGAGACGAGGCGAGGGCCAGAAUGGAAGGAUCAUCCGCAUACCGCACCAAAGAUCCUCUCAAUAAUUAUUUACGAGUUUGUUAUGCAUUACAACCCACUAGACUUAGUUGAAGCAACUAGCUUGUCACAUUUCAAACUAACUUUAAACUUAAACCAGAAUCGCAAACUACAAAGUACGCAGCAACACACACACACACCUAUACACCAUUUGUUGUGCUAGUUAAUUAUUUGAAUAGCUUAAAUGUAAAAAAAAAAAACAAAUUAACAAAAAACAUAAAACUAAAAAAAAAAUGCAAAAACUAGGAAAUCAAUGGACAACAAAGAUCGAAAAAAAAUCACUAAUUAGAAGCCAGAAGGGAGACCCAUUACUCAGUCCACUUAUAUUUUUAGGUCGGAACUAUCACUACUCCCCCCCCUUAACUGAAAACCAACCCAGGAUAGAGAUAGCCACCCAUGUCCCAUUGCACUGGGAAUUGUAAAUUCCGACUGCAACUCCCGAUCCCUAAUCGAUUUCCAAACUAAUUUCAGUGCAAAAAAAAUUACACAAGUUGCCCAAAUUCAAGACAUCCAUUACGAUGAUACCGCGGAAACGAGGCAAGAGGCACCAUCGCAUCCAUCUGCUCCGGAGUGCCGAGCUGCGGAAGCUGAGGGAGUGCGAGUGCUGUCGCAGGCACGCCCACAAGCAGAUAAGCAGAUGAGGAACCGCUGAUAGUCCUAGUAGGAGUUGUUAUAAUGGCAAUCACAUUUUAAUUGUUUUGUUAAGUAUUUUCUUUGUUUAAUUCCCCUCCCGCGAGUUAGACCUAUUUUAUUUAUGGUUAAGCAAUAUGAAACAACCCCCCCAUGGAAGCCAAUAAAAAUCUAAAACAAUGGAUCAUACUAUUAUUAUUAUUUUUAUAUCAUUUUUUUAUAAAGUGUAUUAUGUUUUUUAGAAGACAGCCCCGCCCCUCUCCCCUCCGCCGAAGGAAAUCCCAAAAAUCAAACCACAUAUCUCUGUAAAUUUGCUAUAAAGUCGAUAAAAAAAAAUAAUAACUGGAUGUUAAUGUAUAAUUAUAUAAAAACUCGGUGUAAAUUUUAGUAUAAAACAAAUAACAUUUAUAUUAAAGUUGCCUUUUAACAAGUUGCCUUAGAAAACAGAUGGAUGGAAAAAAAAGGAGUAGCGAUACGAAAAGUUAAACUAAUCCGUACAUUUUAGAAGCUAAGGACCUGUUUGGCAAGAGUUUUUAUAUCGAAUUGACAUCAAGAUAAAGAUCGGCUAAAGCUAAUUAAUUCGUCAUAGGUUAAGAUCCGCAGUAGCCCCUCCCAGAACUAGACCAUAGACUCCACCACCCACAUAGAUAUGGGAGGUCAGGAGAAAGCAAUCAAAUCGUAUUGAAACCGAUUUUUACAGUUCGGCCAAAGUGUUAUACGGAUUAUAUGUAGUUACAGGAUAGAGGAGAGAUCCUUGGAGGAAGAAGAAUGUGGACAGGAGUGGAACAGGAGAGAAACAAGUUGCUAGCGAUUAAGUCACCAAAGUUUGUAAAUAAAACCAAUAUCAAAAUGCAGUUAAAAUAAAGCAUUUCCAAUUA